CAGUUCUUAAAGUACCCUCUGCAAAAUUUUACCCACUUACCCAAGCAGUAGCAACCACCACCAAAUUCACCUUCUUUCCUUCGGCAAAUCUCUCAGCUGUUACAAACUGUAAAAUCUUACGGGAUGCUGGAAAAUUCAACUUUCCCGGUCAAUCCAAGCUCACCCACAACCGACCGGAGUGCCGAGGAGGUCGCCGGCGAUGGUGGGUCGGUCUCAGUUGGGCUCGAGGAGGAAGAGAGAGCUGGGCUGGAGCAGGGUUACCGGAACUGGGCCGGUAACCGUUGGCCUCGGCCGGAGACGCUGGCUCUGCUGAAGAUAAGGUCAGAUAUGGACGCGGAGUUCAAGGCAGCCAGCCCUAAAUUGCCUCUCUGGGAAGAGGUUUCCAGGAAAAUGGGAGAGGCUGGAUAUAGUAGAGACGCCAAAAAAUGCAAGGAGAAAUUUGAGAACAUAUACAAGUACCACAAAAGGACUAGAGAAUCACGGGGUGCUCGAUCAGCUGGCAAGACAUAUAAGUACUUUGAGCAAUUGGAGGCUAUAGAACAACACCAUUCUGAACAUCCUCCUCCCGCUGAAACAGUUCAAGCUUCUACAGCUGAAACAGCAGCAGCGAGCCCAAAGGAUGGUGUUUCAAAUGCAAUCCCGUGUUCUUCGAUGCAACACCAGCUUUCUAGUUUUGUUGACAACUCGACUCCCACCACAUCGUGUUCAAGUAAAGAGUCUGAAGGCACGCACAAGAAGAAGAGGAGGGUGACUGAGUUCUUUGAGAAGUUGAUGAAGCAAGUGAUCGACAAGCAAGAGAAUUUGCAGACCAAGUUUGUGGAGGUGUUGGACAAGUAUGAACAAGAACGGAUAGCUAGAGAAGAGGCGUGGAAGAUGCAAGAAUUGACUAGAAUUGAGAGAGAAAGAGAGCUCCUAGCUCAAGAGAGGUCUGUUGCAGCUGCAAAAGAUGCUGCUGUUCUUGCAUUUUUGCAAAAGUUUUCAGAACAAGCAGCCUCAGUGAAUUUGCCAAGCCAAUCAUGCUCAGUUCAAAUUCCAAAUCAACCGUCCUCUGUGCAUUUGCCAUUGCAAGCGUGUUCAGUUCAAUUACCAAAUCAAGUAUCCUCGGCGCAACUGCCGGUGCAAGCAUCUGCAGUCCGAGUUCAAAUGCCUGCUAACUCAUCUGUGGCCAAUACAGUUUCUGAAAAGCAGAAAAAGGAUGAAGAUUGGGAGCUUGUGCGUAGGAGUUUGGAAUCGCCAGACAAGAAUAAUGGUAGAAGUCGUACACCUACUAAUUCUACAAGGUGGCCAAGAGAAGAAGUUUCAGAUUUGAUUAGGUUGAGAUCUAAUUAUGAUUUGCAAUAUCAAGAAAAUGGAAGUAAAGGCCAUUUGUGGGAGGAGAUCGCAGCAUCAAUGAAAAAGCUUGGUUAUGACCGGAAUGCCAAAAGGUGCAAGGAGAAGUGGGAGAACAUAAACAAGUACUACAGAAGAUUGAAAGAUAGCAACAAGAAAAGGCCCGAGGAUUCAAAGACAUGUGCUUAUGUUGAGAUGCUUGAUUCUUUGUACAACAAGAAGAAUAGUAAGGGUGAGAAUCAAGCUGAUAAGAAUUAUGAUUUGAGGCCUGAGGAGCUACUGAUGCAUAUGAUGAGUGGGCAAGAAGAGCAGCAGCAGCAGCCAGAAUCAGCGACUCAGAAUGGUGAUAGUCAGAACGUUGAGAAGAUUCAAGGAGAUAAUGGAAGCAUAGAGGGAGUGGGAGAUGUUGCUGGAGAUGGUUAUCGGAUUGUGGCUGCUAAUCCUUCUCCAAUGGAACAAGAUAAUCCUUCAGUGGCAAUUAUGAGUUGAGGUUAAGUGAGUUACUAAAGCUUAAGUUGAUGUGUCUUGUUUUUGAAGUGAGUUGGUUUCCAAUUUCUGGUUACCACAUGGUUGUUGUUCAAAUGUAGUUUUGAGAACUGUUGAGAAGUUUGUUUUGUUUUGUUUUAGUGCAGUGUAAAAUGGGAUCCUAGAAACAAAUACUUUCGUCGUUUGUUGAAGGGCCUUUGUUGAAUAGAAGAUGGUAGUGUAGGGAGAGAAUAAAAGGAGGGAUAUUGUAGUUGGCUGUUAUGUGGCUUUUGGAUGGUUUAACCUGUUUGUAAAAGUAUGAUUCUCAUACAUGAAAUUUAUGGUUCUCUUAUGUUCAU